CACGUGACGCGGACCGCGCCAUGUUCCCAUCGCUUGAUAUUGUAACUUCACGGGCGCUCGGGAAAAAGGUAGCGACGGGAAUAAAGUUAGGGACCAAGCUGCAAAAGCCUGCGGCGCUGUGGGGCUCAGAGAAAGUACAGUCACUGAACGCUACCAAUUUGCCCCGAUUGCUUCUGGAGCACGGGGAACUGCAACAUGGAUCGUCCUAUGGGAGGAUUGGCUUAAUUUUUCACUUACAGCACAUUUGAGUUUGGAAACUAUUGUGGGGAAUUGAAUUAAGCCAAGGGUCGUAUGCAGGCUGGCUGUCUCCAUCCGAGUUUUUAGGAAUGCUUCAGUAUAAAGUAUCUUAAAGCCCGUAGUGUGAUUAUCGAACGACGUUUUUCGAAAAAUACGGGUUUUUUUAAAGUCAAUUUUAAAUAUUCCAUCUACACCCUUAACCUGCACGCCUCCCUGAGGUCUCGGAGCAGCUGCGGAAAAGGUGUUGCGCAAGAACUGGUGCAUGUAAAGGAGUUGUUUUUAAGAAAGGAACCUUUAUUUACACUGGGGAUCUUGAGGACCCGGCCAGCAUGGCGUCCGUUACCGUCAGCUCUGAGGGGGCGGCCAACAGUGAGUUCAGCGACAUCAUCAAAUGGAGAUCAGAUGAGCAUGAUGCUGUACAGAAGAAGACGUUCACCAAAUGGAUCAACAGCCGCUUUACCAAGGCUGGGAAGGCACCCAUCAAGGACAUGUUUUCAGACCUCCGGGAUGGCAGGAAGCUUCUAGACCUUCUGGAGGGCCUCACUGGGACGGUGCUGACCAAAGAACGGGGGUCCACGCGAGUGCACGCGCUCAACAAUGUCAACAAAGUCCUUCAAGUUCUGCAGCAGAAUAACGUGGAGCUAGUUAACAUUGGUGGGACCGACAUCGUGGAUGGGAACCACAAGCUGACUCUAGGCCUCAUCUGGAACAUCAUCCUGCAUUGGCAGGUUAAGGACAUUAUGAAAGACAUCAUGUCCAGCUUACAGCAGACCAACAGCGAGAAGAUCCUGCUCAGCUGGGUGCGACACUGCACCCGCACCUACGAACAGGUCAACGUGCUCAACUUUACCACCAGCUGGGCCGAUGGCCUGGCCUUCAAUGCCAUACUGCACCGGUACAGACCCAACAUGUUCAGCUUUGACAAGGUGCUGGGCAUGGCGCCCGUAGAGAGACUGGAACACGCCUUCACCUUUGCCAAAGACCAACUGGCUGUUGAGAGGCUCCUUGAUCCUGAAGAUGUGGCCGUGCAGCUGCCCGACAAGAAGUCCAUCAUCAUGUACGUGACAUCCCUGUUCGCUGUGCUCCCCAAGGAGCUCACCAUGGACGACAUCCGGGAGGUGGAGGCCCUGCCCAAGAAGUACAAAGCGGAGGUGGAGGAGGUGCCAGCGGGGCCCCGACAGGCCCCCGUCACAGUGGAUGCUGGCAGCUCUCGGGCAGACACCCCCAGCACGGCAACGGAGACAGAGGGUGAGGCUGAGGUGGACCUGGACAGCUACCAGAGCGCCCUGGAGGAGGUGCUUACCUGGCUGCUGCUGGCCGAGGACACGCUGCAUAUGCAGGACGAUGUCUCAGACGACGUGGAGGAGGUCAAGGACCAGUUCCACACGCACGAGGCAUUCAUGAUGGAGCUGACGGCCCACCAGAGCAGCGUGGGCAAUGUCCUGCAGGCAGGCAACCAGCUCAUCGCCCAGGGCAACCUGACCGAGGAAGAGGAGGAUGAGAUCCGCGAGCAGAUGACGCUACUGAACUCGCGCUGGGAGGGUCUCCGGGUCGCCAGCAUGGACCGGCAGGCUAGGCUGCACGAGGUCCUGAUGGAGCUUCAGCACCUUCAGCUACAGCAGCUGGCCAACUGGCUGACGCAGACGGAGGCUCGCAUUCGCCGCAUGGAGGCCCAGCCGACUGCGGGGAACCUGGAGGGGUACCGCACGCAGAUAGAGGAGCACAAGGUGCUGCAGAAUGACCUGGAGACGGAGCAGGUGAAAGUGAACUCCCUUACGCACAUGGUGGUGGUUGUGGAUGAGAACAGCAGCGAUAGCGCCACCGCAGCGCUGGAGGACCAACUGCAGGCGCUGGGCGAGCGCUGGGCCGCUGUGUGCCGCUGGACAGAGGAGCGCUGGCACAAGCUGCAGGACAUGCUGAACGUCUGGCAGCAGCUCCUGGAAGAUCAGAACCUCUUCAAAGCCUGGCUAUCAGAGAAGGAGAAGAUCCUGAGAGAUGUUCAGACCAGCAAGUUCAAAGAUCCCGCAGAGAUAAACGUCAGCGUGCGCUCUUUGGCCCUCCUGAAGGAGGACAUGGAGAACAAGCGGAGGACACUGGACCACCUGUCGGACGCAGGCCAGGACGUGUCGCUGCUGCUGCGGAGCACCGAGGCCACGCAGCGGAUCCAGGGCCAGACGGAGGAGCUGACGCAGCGAUGGGACAACCUGGUACAGGAGCUGGAGGACUGUUCCUAUCAGUUGGCAGAGUCGCUGACCGAAGUGGGGCUGCCUCAAGCAGAUGAGACCGCCGUCCUGGAGAGCGUCACCUCCAUGUCAGCCAUGACCACAGCAGCCACCGUGACAGGGCGGGCGUCGGCCCAAGAGCUGCCACCCCCUCCCCCCAUGAAGAAACGGCAGCUGCAAGAAGACCAGAACGCGCGGGCGCUGAUGGAAGGCAACCUUGUGGAGAUCAUGAGCUGGAUGGGAAGAUGGAAAACCUCUGUUCAGGCUUUGGUUCCGACUGAUGAUGAAAAGGCCCAGGAGGCGUCUGUUUUAAAGGAAAAGCUGAAGGUUCUCAAAGAGCAACUGGAGGAGAAAGCCCCGGAAGUAGCCAGUGUGACCCUAGGGGGGCAGGCCUUGUUGGAGCGACUGGAGAAAGAGGGCCUGUCCGCGGGAGACCUGAGCCCCCAGCUGGCUGCCGUCCAGGCGGAGUGGGAGAGCAGCCGGGGACUGCUCCUGGACCUAAAGGAGAAGCUGGACCUCCAGGAGCGGGUCGGUGCCGCCCAGCUAGAGCUGCAGUGUCUGGAGCAGGCCUUGAGUGGCCUGGAGGACUGCCUGCAGGGGGCGCCCAAGGCUGACUCCGCCGCCGACGAGGCCCAGCUGCGCUCCCAGCUGGCGGCCUGUGAGGCCAGACUAGGGGAGCUGCAGGCCCUCAGCCCUCAGAUGGACCGACUAUCCCAUGAAGCAACGACGCUGGACCGUGGGCUGCAGACACCCGCCUAUCUGCGGGCCGGAGUGGCGGCCCUCGGUACUCGCUGUACCUCUGUACUGGAGGGGUUACAGAGGCAGGUGCAGGAAUUGCACGCAGCCCUGGCUGCCCGGCCCGCCCCGGAGGACCGCCGCUUUGCGCAGGAAGCAAAACUCCGGAUCGCGUCCCUGCGGGAUGGUGUUGUGGACACGGGGACGGCCGCGGAAGCGGUGCGGAAUGCAGAGGUCCUGUGCCAGUCUCUGGCGCAGCAACUGACCCCUGACCCCGAAAGGUGGAGCCACCUGGCCAGCCAGGCUCAGGAUGAGCUGGCGAUGUUGCAGUCGGUCCUUGGAAAGUUAAAGGAUUCGGAGGAGAGGAUCACACGGGUGGAGCGCUGGCUAGAUGGCGUGCAGGCACUGAUGGCCAAGGAUACAGCUGCCCUGGGGGAUGCUGGGAAGCUGCAGGAAGAGCUGGACCAAUGCACGGAGUUCGUGAAUGAAAUGGAGGCUGUGGAGGCGGACUUGAAGCGGGUGGUGGGAGAAGCAGUGGCCGUGCGGGUGGGCGCGAUGCCCGGGCUGGCCACAUGGGGGCAACCUAAGCUCGAGGAAUGUCAGAGGCGAUGGGACAGGCUGAGCACACAGCUGCAGAAACAUCAGGAGCAUGCAUGGGAGACCCAGGAGAGGACACUGAACCUGAGGAAGGACUUGGUGGAGAUGCGGGAGUGGAUGGUGCAGGUGGACGAGGAGUUCCUCAUGAGGGACUUUGAGUACAAGAGUUCAGAAGAUCUGGAGGGAGCUCUGGAGGAGAUGAAGAGGGCCAAAGAGGACGUACUGCAGAAGGAGGUGCGAGUGAAGAUACUGAAGGACAGCAUUAACCUGCUGGUGGCAAAGUCGCCCCCUGGUGGCCGGGACCUAACUGCAGAGCUGACGGGGGUUCUGAAGCAUUACCAGAAACUGUGCGAGAGGUUCAAGAGCAAAUGCCACACCCUGGAGGAGGUGUGGUCCUGCUGGAUGGAGUUGCUGCAGUACCUGGACCUGGAGAACAAUUGGCUGAACAGCUUGGAGGAGCGACUGCAAGCCUGCGAAGGGCUUCCAGAGAACAGCCAGGACGUCAACCAGGCACUAGAGGCCCUGGAAUCGGUCCUGCGGCACCCUAGCGACAACCGCACCCAGAUCCGGGAGCUGGGCCAGACGCUGAUUGAUGGUGGCAUCCUGGAUGAGAUCAUCAGCGAGAAACUAGAGGCUUUCACUAGCCGCUACGAGCAGCUUAGCCACCAGGCUGUGAGCAGGCAGAUAUCCCUGGAGCAGCAGCUGCAGUCACUGCGGGAAAACGAGCAGGUUCUGCAGUCUCUGCAGGAGACCCUCGGCCGGCUGGACCAGACGCUCACAUCCUACCUCACCGACCGGGUUGAUGCCUUCCAGCUGCCUCAAGAGGCCCAGAACAUCCAGGCAGAGAUCGCCACCCUCGAGUCGCAGAUAGAUGACCUGCGCAAGAAGGGCAUUAGAGGGGCCCCGGCCGCGUCGCAGGAUGGAAAGGCGUCCCGGGGGGGCACCAUGCUGGACCAGCUGCAGAGGAAGUUCCGGGAGAUCUCCACCAAGUUCCAGCUCUUCCAGAAGCCAGCCAAUUUCGAGCAGCGCAUGCUGGACUGCCGGCGCGUGCUGGAAGGAGCCAAGGCUGAGUUGCACGUGCUGGAUGCCAGGAGCGUAGAGCCUGAGGAGAUCCAGGCCCACUUAAGCGAGUGCAUGAAACUCUACAAAGUGCUGAGUGAGGUGAAACUGGAGGUGGAGACAGUGAUCAAGACGGGCCGGCAGAUCGUGCAGAAGCAGCAGACAGAGAACCCCAAGAGUAUGGAUGAACAGCUGACCGCGCUUAAGCUGCUCUACAACGACUUGGGCGCUCAGGUGACAGAGGGCAAACAGGACCUGGAGAAGGCCCUGUCCCUGUCUCAGAAGGUGCAGAAGGAGAGCACUGCACUGCGGGGGUGGCUGGGGACCACGGAGGCCGUGCUUGACCAGAAAACAUCUACCGGGAGCAUGCCAGCUGACAUCGACGAUGAGGUGGCCUGGGCCCAUGGGCUGCUGAAGGAGCUGGAGCGGCAGGAGGGGGAACUACGCAGCGUGACGGAGUGUAGCGCCGCCCUGCAGUCACUGGUGGAAGGGAGUGAGACGGAGCUGGAGGAGGGGCUCUGCCUGCUGAACGCCAGCUGGGCGCGGGUUCGCACCCUGGCAGAGGACUGGCUGAGCAGCGUGCUGAGCCACAGAAAUGAAAUGGAGAUCUUUGAUGAGAACCUGGCCCACAUCAGCACCUGGCUGUACCAGACUGAGAUCCUCUUGGAUGAGACUGAGAAGCUCGCACCCUCUGAGAAGGAGGAGGUUCUUAAGAACUUGCUGGUGGAGCUGGAGGACAUCAGCCUGAGGGUGGACAGCGUGAGGGACCAGGCCGUCAUCCUCAUGAGCGGCCGUGGACCGGCCUGCAGAGAGGUGGUGGAGCCCAAGCUGGCCGAGCUCAACCGUAACUUCGACAAGGUCUCCCAGCACAUCAAGGCUGCCAAGAUGUCCACGACCUUGGAGCCUGUGGUCCAGGUGAAUCCGCAGCCUCAGAAGCUUCUGGCACCAGGGGCUGUAACCGCCAGGCAGCUGCAGGACCUUGAGGAGGAGCUGAUGGCCAGCCUGGAUGCACUCGAUCCCCAGGGCGAGUACGUGCAACUUCUGGCCCAGGAUGACGAGAAGAUGGACGAGGAGAAGGUACGGGUGGAGGAGGUGCUGCGGAGCGGCGAGCUGAUCCUCCUGCAGAUGACCGGGGACGGCAAGGACGAGCUGCGCAGACGGCUGCUCCGGCUGCAGACACGCUACACCGGCCUACAGGAGCUGCGUGCAGUGAGAGAGCGCCAGGCUGAGCCGGUUUCACAGCAGGUGACCCUCAGCUGGGUGGAGCGACCCCUGGAGGCUCCUCCGAAGCGGAGGACUGAGGACAUGGUGGACAGCGAGCUGCAGAGGGCCCCCUCCCUCCUGCCCUCCGACUACCUUCUGGACAUCAACAAGGCUCUGCUGGCAAUGGCCGACAUCGAAUUGCUGCUCAACUCCUCGGAGCUGAGUAGCGGGCUUUACGAGGACUUCUCCUCCCAGGAAGACGCGCUCAAGAGUGUGAAGGACAGCCUGGAGAAGCUGGAGGAGCAGGUGAUGACACUGCAUGAGCGACACCCUGACGCCGUCCAGGAGGCGUCCCGUGCCGACGUGCUGCACAUCGGGGACGCACUGUCCCAGCUGAACGCCGAGUGGGACCGCGUCAACCGGAUGUAUGAGGACCGCAAAGGGAACUUUGACCGCGCAGUGGAGGAGUGGCACCAAUUUCACUGCGACCUCAAUGACCUGAGCCAGUGGCUAAGUGAGGCGGAGCAGGCCCUGGCCGACACCCGGGGCCCCGACGGUGCCCUGGACCUGGAGAAAGCCCGGGUGCAGCAGGAGGACCUGGAAGAAGGCCUCCGCAGCCACUUGCCUGUGCUCACCCAGCUGACUCAGACGGGCGAGGCCAUCGUGGAGCAGGUCGCAACCCCUGACAGCAGCCUUCUGGAGGAGAAGCUGGAGGGCCUCACCAGGAGAUGGAGCGCCAUCCAGAGGGAGGUGCAGGAGCGGCACCACAGGUUGGCCGGUGGGGACCCCCUGCUGGUGGACCUCAGCCAGCGCACGGAGGAGCUGAGGGUGUGGUUGGACCAGACGGGCUAUGCGGUCCGCUCUCUGCCACCAACUGCCAGCGACAAGAACCUGAAAGAGCUUAAGACCCUGGCGGAGGAGCUGGACGCCCGAAACGAGCAGCUGACCUGGCUGAAUAAAAACAUGCCGCGCAUCCUGGCCACCCGGGACCUCACUAGCCAGGAGAGAGAGCACCAUGUGUCUCGGCUGAGGGCAAUCAACAUGAACUGGAGCCAUGUGACGACGGAGCUUCUGGACAAAGUGGGUGAGGUGGAGUCUGAGCUGCAGGGACACGCCCUCUUCCAGGACAAAAUGAACCGCCUGAACAGCUGGAUGCUGGUCACGCAGCAGACCCUCAGCCUGAGAGGUCCGGAGGAGAGCCAGCUCCUGGAGAGCUCCAUGAAGGAGCACAGACGAGACCUGGAGGACCUCCUCUCCAGGUCCAUCCAGCUCCAGAAGCGACAGCAGCUGCUUCCUCAGGAGAAGAGCAAGGUGGAGCAGUUGGCAGCUGAUUGGAAAGUGCUUGAUAUGAGGGUCCGGGAGAUGCAGAAGCCGGUAGCUGAACAACCCCUCUCAGCAGUGGCGAUGACCAGUCAGCAACUCUUGGCUCCCCAAACUGCUGAGCGUGUGGCCCCCGCCGACCUCAACGAACGAGCCACUGAGCUUGCCAGUUGGCUGCUGCUCAUAGACCAGAUACUGAAGUCCAACCUCGCAACCGUGGGAGAUGUGGAGGACAUCCAGACUACUGCCAUGCACCUCGAGGUGACGAAGAGCGACCUGGAGCAGAGACACCCUCAGCUGGAGGACAUCUUCACCCUGGCCCAGAAUAUCAAGAACAAAACUUCCAACCUGGAUAUCCGCACAUCCAUCACAGAGAAGUUGGAGAAGGUGCGCAGCCAAUGGGAUAGCACGCAGCAUGGCGUGGAGGCCCGCCUCCAGCAGCUGAAUCAAAUGAUUGGUCAGAGCAGCCAAUGGGCGGAGCAGAGGAAAGAAGUGGAAGCCUUGAUUAGACAGAACGAGGCUCGUCUGCAGAACCUGCUGCAGCCGUCCCGGGAGUCCCUGACCAAACAGCUAAAUGACAACAAGGCGUUUCUGCAGGACCUGGGCAGCCAGUCGGCCGUGAUAUCCUUCAGCGAGCUGUCCUGCAGGCUUCUGCGCGAUUACUCGGCGGACGACACCCGGAAGGUGAAGGAGGUGCUGGAUGCUCACAGCAAGGCGUGGAACGCCAUACUCGGCAGGACCAGUGACCGGCAGGUGGCACUAGAGGGCGAGCUGAAGGAUCUGCAGGGCUCCCUCAUGGAGCUGGAGAGCUUCCUGAAGUGGCUGCAAGAGGCGGAGACCACGGCCAAUGUGCUGGCCGACGCCUCCCAGAGAGAGGACCUCUCACAGGACUCCGCCUCCAUCAAGGAGCUGAGAGGCCAGCUGGAGUCGGGCAAACUGUGCAUGAUGGCCGUGGUGCGGACCUCCCUCCAGAAGGUGGUGGUCUUCUUGCACCGACUGCAGAGGAUGGCAGUUUCAUCCCCCCGCUACCAGAAGCUGUACAAGGACAUCCAGGCGGAGAUCGAUGCUCACAAUGACAUCUUCAAAAGUGUGGACGGCAACAGGUGCAAGAUGGUCAAGUCCCUGGGCAGCACAGAGGAGGCCAGCUUCCUGCAGCAGCGGCUGGACGACAUGAACCAGCGGUGGGGUGACCUGAAGGCCAAGUCCGCCAACAUCCGAGCCCACCUGGAGGUCAGCGCAGAGCGGUGGAGUCGGCUGCUGGCCCUCUUGGAGGAACUGUGGAGGUGGCUAUGCCUGAAGGAGGAGGAUCUUACCAAGCAGAUGCCCAUUGCGGGAGAUCUACCCAGCCUGCUGCAGCAGCACAAUCACUGCUUGCUCCUGCAGGACGAGCUGAAGGAUCGAGAGCCACUCGUGCUCAGCACUUUGGACCAGGCUCGCGCGUUCCUGGCCGACCAGCCCAUCGAAGGUCCGGAGGAACCGGGCAGGAACCUGCAGGCCAAGACAGAUCUGACUCCAGAGGAGCGGGCCCAGCGUGUGGCCAAGGCCAUCCGCAAGCAGACAGCUGAGGUGGCCGAGCGCUGGGAGCGGCUGUGUGGGCACGCUGGGGCCUGGCAGCAGCAGCUGGACCGUGCUUUAGGCCGCCUGCAGGACCUGCAGGGCGCCAUGGACCAGCUGGAGCUGAGGCUGGCCCCGGCGGAGGAGGAGCGCACGACCUGGCAGCCCGUGGGUGACUUGCUCAUCGACUCACUGCAGGAUCACAUCGAAAAGACCAUCGUCUUCAAGGAGGAGACCGCACCUCUGAAGAGGGACGUGCGGGCCGUGAAUGAGCUCUCUGCCCAGCUGCAGCCCCUGGACGUCCAGCUGUCUUCCAGCACAAGCCGGCAGCUGGACGACCUCAACAUGCGUUGGAAGCUCCUGGAGGCGGCCGUGGAGGAGCGACUGAAGCAGCUGCAGGAGGCUCACCGGGACUUUGGACCCGCCUCCCAGCAUUUCCUGUCCACCUCUGUACAGCUACCGUGGCAACGGGCCGUGUCCCAGAAUAAGGUUCCAUACUAUAUCAACCACCAGACUCAGACGACUUGUUGGGAUCAUCCGAAGAUGACGGAGCUGUUUCUCUCCCUGGGUGACCUAAACAACGUUCGUUUCUCCGCCUACCGGACAGCCAUGAAGAUUCGGCGGCUCCAGAAGGCCCUGUGCUUGGAUCUGCUAGAGCUGAGUGUGGCCCAGGAAGUGUUCGACCAGCACCAGUUGGCUCAGAACAACCAGCUCCUCAACGUCCCCGAUGUCAUCAACUGCUUGACUACUAUGUACGAUGGGCUUGAGCAGAAGCACAAGGACCUGGUCAACGUGCCUCUCUGCGUGGACAUGUGUCUCAACUGGCUGCUUAACGUCUACGACACUGGCCGGAGUGGGAGGAUUCGUGCGCUGUCCAUGAAGAUUGGGCUGCUUUCGCUCUGCAAGGGACACCUUGAAGAAAAAUACAAAUACCUCUUCUCCCAGGUGGCGUCCUCAGCAGGCACCUGCGACCAGCGCCAGCUCGGGCUCCUGCUCCAUGACGCCAUCCAGGUGCCGCGGCAGCUGGGAGAGGUAGCGGCCUUCGGGGGGAGCAACAUCGAGCCCAGCGUCCGCAGCUGUUUCCAGCACGUCACCAGCAGGGCGGAGCUGGAGCCCCCGCAGUUCGUGGACUGGAUGCGCCUGGAGCCGCAGUCCAUGGUGUGGUUGCCCGUGCUGCAUCGUGUGGCGGCGGCCGAAACGGCCAAGCACCAGGCCAAGUGCAACAUCUGCAAGGAGUGUCCCAUUGUAGGCUUCAGGUACCGCAGCCUGAUGCACUUCAACUACGACGUGUGUCAGAGCUGCUUCUUCUCCGGCCGCACGGCUAAGGGCCACAAGCUGAACUACCCCAUGGUGGAGUACUGCACCCCGACCACCUCUGGCGAGGAUAUGCGCGACUUCACCAAGGUCCUGAAGAAUAAGUUCAGAUCGAAGAAAUACUUCGCAAAGCACCCCCGUCUGGGCUACCUGCCAGUCCAGUCAGUCCUGGAGGGCGACAACAUGGAGACCCCUGUUACCCUGAUCAGUAUGUCACCGGAGCAGUAUGAGGUCUCACCGUCACUGCACCACUCUCAUGACGACACUCAUUCCCGAAUAGAGCAGUACGCCAGCAGGUUGGCCCAGAUGGAGAGCUCGAAUGGAUCCUUACCCACAGACAGCAGCUCUGCAACGGGAAGCAUGGACGACGAGCACGCCCUGAUCCUGCAGUACUGCCAGACGCUGGGGGGCGAGUCGCCGCUCAGCCAACCGCAAAGCCCUGCCCAGAUCCUGCAGGCGGUGGAGAGGGAGGAGCGCGGGGAGCUGGAGCGCAUCAUAGCCCGACUGGAGGAGGAGCAGAGGGCCCUGAAGCUGGAGUAUGAGCUGCUGAGAGAACAGCACAGUGAAAGGGCGCUCUCCGGACCGUGGGAGCCCAGGGCGGGGGCCCUCGGGGGCCCUGAGGAGGCUGAGCUGCUGGCUGAGGCCAAGUUGCUGCGACAGCACAAGGGCAGGCUGGAAGGGCGCAUGCAGAUCCUGGAGGAGCACAACAAGCAGCUGGAGUCACAGCUGCAUCGCCUACGGCAGCUACUGCACCAGCCUGAAAGGGACCCCCGAGUCAACGGUCUCUCCCCUGCCUCCCUCCUUCAGCAAGACCUGCCCGUCAGUGAUGAGCAAGCAGGUGACGCACUGGACCGGCCACACGGGCCCGGCGCCGACCUCGCUCACGUCAUGGAGGAGAUAAAUAACUUCCCAGCAUGCAGUUCCUCCAGUCCGGUGCCUCGACCACAGGUGAAAUGAGGCGAGCCAGACCGCGAGGGAGACCCCAGCAGGAUGUAAAACGCUGCUCCGUCGUCCGGCUGACCGGGACGGACCUCGAUACGCAGGGAGAGCUUCUCCCGGCACCCAAAGACUUUGACCCAGGACCACAGAACGUCACUAUGCUGUCGUCACGUACUAUGCAACUGUAAAUGUCACGGACUGUAGAUUGUACUCUGAGGUCGUUGAAUGUUUGUUAGCGAUUCAUGAGACAAUGCAGGAGAGUCGGGGGUGUGGGCCGGGGGUGUGGGCCGGGGGUGGGGGAGUUUUAUAUACAUGUAUACUUUUUUUUUUUUUUUUUUUUUUUAAACUUCGCAAUCCCUGCAAUUUAAAUGGUUUUGCUGUCAGCCUGCGUUUUCCUACAUUAACGUUAUAAUAUCACUUACGUCACCGCAAAUGCUUCCUGUGACAGUCGCACGGCGUUUCGCUCCCUAGUGUUCUGCCGCUUUUGUAGCACCUGCAGUUCAGUGUCCCCUCCGUGCCGACUGUUAGUCGUAAUUCCAUUCGAGGGCAGGUUCGCCGAAACCAGCCUCCAGAGGCAGACACCUGGUUGACCACGCCGUGGUUGGGCUGUGUCCGGCUGGGACCUGGGGCGUGGUCUGGCGUCGAGACAGCGUUCCUAACCAGAAGAAAGCCAUCUUUUUCUUGCUACCUCAGUCACGGCCCUGUAGGGUAGAUCCGCUGAUUUUCACAGAUGAUGCACCAAGUUUUUCCUGAUAGAUGGACCAGGAACUGGGAAAAAACUUUUGAAGAAAACAGACAAAUGCCUGAUGGGGGCGGGGCUUGCCUGGAUUAGUCCAACCAAUUUAUAAAUUGGUCCUUAGCCUGGACUUUCUCCAUUCCAAAAUGUACGUGACGUGCUCUGUGCUACGCUACCUUGUAACUGUAAAGUCUGACACUACUCUGAGCUUCUCUGACUGUGUCCUUGGGUGUUAUAGCGAUCUGUACUUUGGAAGAACUGUCAUUCUGAGGUAUCUAGUCUAGACUGAUUACACUACAUCUCUAAUAUGGCUAAAUAUGUUUAUUCUAUUUUUUUAGACAUAUAUUUUUUCCCCUCGUGUUGGUUAAUUUUAUUAUUGCGGUCUGUGUCGUUUGUGCUCCGGGAAGUCCAUUUCCUCUACCUGUGGCUCUUCUCUACCCCACUGUGCAUCUUGAGCGUAAUGCCAGCAACUGGGCAGUAUGAGCAGGCAGCCCCGGGGCUUCUGGUAGAUCGAGCUCUCAUUCCGAAGGGCCUGUGCUGAUUGGCGUUUCGCAGCUACUCCCACACAGAAUGUGACGGCUCUACGGUGAAUGAGUUACCAUAGGUCAUUCUGUUUGACCACUCGACAUCUACCCAGCAAAAGGGGCCCUAGGCGACCACACAGCAGAUGAAUUCCAUGCUGUUGAACUGUUGCUUCCUUGACUGCUUUGCCAAAACCUCAAAGAGGUAACAGAGCCACAGUGUAACAACUACGGGGAUGCAGGAGCAGUUCUUUUUUUGCAUGAACUGUAACUCAUGUGGAGGAUCUCUCCCGUGGGAGUAUCGGUACUUUUGUGGCAGAGCUCUCCCGUGGGAGUAUCGGUACUUUUGCGGCAGAGCUCUCCCGUGGGAGUAUCGGUACUCCUGUGGCAGAGCUCUCCAGGGGGAGUAUCGGUACUUUUGCGGCAGAGCUCUCCCGUGGGAGUAUCGGUACUUUUGCGGCAGAGCUCUCCCGUGGGAGUAUCGGUACUUUUGCGGCAGAGCUCUCCCAUGGGAGUAUCAGUACUCUUGGGGAGGAGCUUUUCCAAAGAGGCCCUAGCUCUCCCGUGGAGGAGCUCUUCUGCCGUCUGAUAACUGACCUCGUCAGAGCUGCAUGGUGGAGAGGACAGAAUGCCGAUCUGACUGUGCUGUAACAGGCUUCUUGACAGACUUGUGUACCAAAACCAGGGUUGCCCCUUGUCUGUGCAUGGAAAUAAUAGUAUAUUUUUACAUCACUGUAUGAAAUUCAAUAAAUUAAACCUUAAAUGUAAAA